CUGAUCAGAUGAUUUUUGACGUUCUAACGGUUGUUACAUAUACAUAUACAUGUAUUUGUCGUCGUUUCGAACAUGGCCGCGGUGGAGUGUGAAUCGAAAGACGACAAAUCGGCGGACGCGUCGGAAACACUGGUAUUUUCCGAGGAAACUGUUAAAACGAUCGAAGGACAUGAAUCGUUGGGAAUACCGCUACAAUCUUCGUGGACGUUGUGGUUGGACAAGGCUGUAUCCGGAACAACUGUCGAAGAGUAUAAAAAAAAUUUGACAAAGAUUUAUACCGUGAACACUGUGCAGAGUUUCUGGGCAGUUUUUAAUAACAUACCAAAUGCCAGCGCUAUGCAGGUUAGAUACAGUUAUCAUUUGAUGAGGGACGAGAGAUAUCCGCUAUGGGAGGAACCUGUUAAUCAAAAAGGUGGAACAUGGAGAUUAAAGUGCCACAAGUCCGAUACCGAACAGAUUUGGAAGGAGAUGGUGCUCGCGGCGAUCGGAGAACAGUUUUCCGAAUGUACGGCCGAAGACGAUGAAAUUUGCGGGAUAACCGUGUCUAUCAGAGACAGAGACGAUCUCGUUCAAAUAUGGAAUAGUAACGCAAGUUUAGCAUCGAAAGCUACCGUUUUAGAAAAAGUUCAUUCUCUGCUACCCAACGUUAACUUUACAGAAUUUUAUAAACCUCAUCAAUCGCAUCACGCUUACGGACGCCGCUAAGCAUACGUUAAUAUUGGUAAAAUAUUAAUUGGUCUUGGAAUAUAAGAAUGGUGAGAAAAGUUUGACCGCCAACACGAUUACGCUGGGCAAUUGAAUUCUACGAAAACUUGCUACAACAAGAAAAAAAUAUGUUGUUUAUUAGGAGAGCAUAAAAAUUGUUGAAAUUGUACUACUUUUAAAUGGUCAAAUAUAUUUUUAUAUUUACAA